UCACCUUUUCCUGCACCAGCUUCGGGCGCUCCGGGGUUGCCCGGUGGGAGCACGGGGAUCGCCCGCUCUCGGACAUGGCACGGCCGGACGCCACGGGGGCGCCGGAGAAAGGCUCUCCGGGGGGAAUUGGAGACGCAGAGGCGCGCCACGGGGCGAGUGACAGCUUCCCGGUCCAAAACGGGGACCCCCGGGACAGCCCCGCGGUCACCCUGGAGGAGGACACGCAUGGCCGAUGGCUCCCCGAUGGCCCCGGCCAGCAGGCACUGGGAGACCCCGAGGAGGACACGCAGAAGCGGCUGCUCGCCGAUGGCCCCGGCCAGCCGGUGCCCGGCCACCCGGGCGCACGCACCGCGCUGUCCCCGCUGCGCUUCGCGGUGCUGCUGCUCUUUAGCCUGUCGUCGCUGAUCAACGCCUUCCAAUGGAUCCAGUACAGCAUCAUCACCAACGUGUUCGAAGGCUUCUACGGCGUGGAGACCCUGCAGGUGGACUGGCUGUCCAUGGUCUACAUGCUGGCCUACGUGCCGCUCAUCUUUCCGGCCACCUGGCUGCUGCAAGCCCGCGGCCUGCGGCUCAGCGCGCUGCUUGGCUCCGGCCUCAACUGCCUGGGCGCCUGGAUUAAGUGCGCCAGCGUGCGGCCGCACCUCUUUGGGGUCACCAUGCUGGGCCAGUGUCUGUGCGCCGUGGCACAGGUCUUCAUCCUCGGCCUGCCCUCCCGCAUCGCCUCCGUGUGGUUCGGACCUAAGGAGGUGUCUACCGCCUGCGCCACCGCCGUGCUUGGCAAUCAGCUCGGAACUGCAAUUGGCUUCCUGCUUCCCCCAGUUCUGGUGCCGAACACACAGAAUAACACAGAGCUCCUGGCGUCCAACAUCAGUGUCAUGUUCUACGGGACUGCAGGCAUCUCCACCUUUUUAUUCGUCUUAACUUUGAUUGCUUUUCGAGAGAAGCCGAAAUAUCCACCGAGCCAGGCCCAGGCGGCCUUGCAAGACAGCCCCCCUGACUUCUCAUACGGCAGGUCCAUAAUGAAUCUCUUCAGAAAUGUCCCCUUCGUCCUGCUGCUGAUUAGUUAUGGCAUCAUGACGGGCGCCUUCUACUCUGUGUCCACACUGCUCAAUCAGAUGAUCCUGACCCACCAUGUGAACCAGGAGGUGUAUGCUGGCAGGAUCGGGCUGACGUUGGUCGUGGCAGGCAUGGUGGGCUCCAUCAUCUGUGGCUUGUGGCUGGAUUACACCAAAACCUACAAACAGACCACCCUGAUAGUAUACAUAUUAUCUUUCAUUGGAAUGCUGGUCUUCACCUUCACACUGCACCUUGGAAAUAUUGUCGUGUUUGUCACUGGAGGAGUGCUGGGUUUCUUCAUGACAGGUUACCUUCCACUGGGAUUCGAAUUCGCUGUAGAGAUCACCUACCCUGAGUCUGAGGGGACUUCGUCUGGCCUGCUCAAUGCAGCUGCCCAAAUCUUUGGGAUUUUGUUUACAUUGGCACAAGGGAAGCUCACAACUACGCAUGGGCCCAUGGCUGGCAACUUGUUCCUGUGUGUCUGGAUAUUUGUGGGCAUCAUCCUGACAGCAUUGAUCAAGUCUGAUCUGAGAAGACACAACAUAAAUGUUGGCGUCAUGAAUGGCACCGUGAAGGCGGUCCCGGUAGACAGUCCCUCAGAGCCUGUGGUAAUACCUGCGCCAGGGGAGGCCACCGUGUGAGUGUGAGAAGCUGGCACCGUGGAGGAGGUGUGGAGAAAUCUUCCUGUGAAAGUCGCCUUCCUGCACCAGUCGUUUCCUCACUGCUCCGCCUUAGAGCCCCCUUUUCAUUUUCUCUGGGGGCCAGAGUGACAGCACAGUGGGGAGGGCUCUCUCCUCACAUCUGACCAAACCAGGCUUGAUCUCUGGCCUACCAUAGGGACCCCUGAGCACAGUCAGGAGUGAACACUGAGCACAGAGCCAGGAGGGAGCCUGAGCAUAGAGCUGAGAGUGAGCCCUGAGCACUGCCUGGUAUGAACCCAAACCUAGCAGCAAAAGUUGACACCAGCCCUUAGGUAUGUGCCAUUGGCCAUAAAGAGCUGGAGCAUCAGGCCAUCCACUAUAGCUUGCUGGGCCCUUGGGACACCCCAGGCCUUGACACUACCCUUCCACUUUGUCCUAACAUUUUCCCAAGCUCCCCUGCAGCCCCACCUGCUGUUGAGUUAAAGGAUGAUCAGUGUUUGGGUUUCCAAACAAGUUCCUCCCUUCUCCAUAUUGUCUCUGUCGCUUCAUGUGAGGGACCCACCUUUAUGCUUACACCUGGGCACUGCUCUGGGACCUGGUUCCACGAAGGGACAGGCACAAACCCUGAGUUCAUCCUUGGGGCCUGCUCACCACACUCUUUAACACUAUUUUUUUUUUUUUUACUGACUUAAUAUUGAGUCAUUCUCUACCCCUCCAUGCCCUCCUUUUGA